GAGUAAUUCAAUUUCCAUUAGAGCAAAAAAAAGAUGUUGGCUAUUUCUCCACAAUUUUGUUCAUAUGCCAUGAUGGGUUAUGAAGAAGAAAAUUUAAGCUACUUUUGUGGAGAGAGAAGAGAUACCUCAGAUCUUCCAAUCGAUGAUUUUAUUAUAAAUGGAGAUGAUGGUGAUAAGAAGGUGAAGAAACUCAACCAUAAUGCAAGCGAGCGUGAUCGUCGCAAGAAAAUGAACACUUUGUAUGCCAAUCUUCGUUCUCUUCUUCCUCCUCAAGAUCACUCUAAAAAGUUGAGCAUUCCAGCCACAAUUUCAAGAGUGCUGAAUUACAUAACUGAGCUUCAGGCAGAAGUGGAGAGACUGAAACACAAGAAGGAGAGAUUCAUCUCCAAAAUUUCAGACAAGAAUCACAUAAACUUAAAGAAACCAAGCUCCAAUUCAGCAGCUUCAGCAACUCCAAUCAACGACGUCGAAGUCGUGAUUCAGAUUUGCAUUCCCAAGGCAGAAAAGGGUUCAUUUUCUGAAGCAAUCUCCAGAUUGGAAGAAGAAGGUUUUCUCAUGGUCAAUGCUUCAUGUUUCCAAUCAUUUCAAUCUAGGCUUUUCUAUAAUCUCCAUUUUCAGGCACGAGAAGGUCAAGUGAUAGAUGCUGAAAAGUUGAAGGAGAAAUUGUGGCCUUUGAUCUAGAAGAUUUUGUAUGUUCGUGUCGUAUUUUAAGCUUGUGUAGUGGAGGCUAUAUGGUGGAGAUUAGUUAAAAAGAAGUGUAUACUAACUUUCAUGAAGUUGUGGAAUCCCACUAUAUAUUUUGAAUUA